AUGACGGAACUAAGUUAUCAAUCCAUCAGAACAGCUAAUCAAGCAAGAGAAGCUGAUGAAGCACGCACAGAUUCUAGAAAGAAAAAUCUUCUUAUUCUUGUAUUGAAUUAUUUAAAUGAUGAAGGAUAUAUUGAUUCUGCACGAAGUCUUGCUAAGGAAACUAGCAUAGACCUUCACCGUUAUGAAGUCUGUGACAACAUUGACCUUGAAACAAUUCUUAUGGAAUAUGAGUCAUAUUACUAUGUUAAGUUUGCAAAGUAUCCCAAAAUUACCAAAAAACUUUCUACACAAAGCGCUGGUGCUGUUGAGAAGAGAACACCAUCCAAACUGCGUAGGACAAGCAGCCCCUGCCCAAAAAUUCCUCAAAACACUGGUCAACCUACACCUCCCACACAACAAACAUUACCUCCCCGACCUGUCUCUGGGACAAAUGGACGCGGACGUAAUAAUUCUUCAACUCGAAAAUCAUUCCCUCCAUCUACUUUAAAUGGAAAUGCACAGACAAAGGAGGUUGGUGCUGCCAAUGGUAACAUAGACAGCCUUUGUUUACAAGGACAGACAGUCAGUGGAAACAAUGGAGCAUCUGAGCCUGUCCCGAGUGCUCCAAAAACUAGACAGAAG